UCAUCUUCUUUCUUCACAGAUUUACCUACACCUACACUGACUGUGACACCAGACAGAUCUGUAUUCACUGGAGAGAGAGUCAAUCUGAAGUGUGAGAUAAAGUCUGAUCACAGUGACUGGAGAUAUGAUUGGUAUAAAGGCAGUGCAGACAAAAAUAUGAUGUUAAAGAAGCCUGAGCAUCACACUGGAGACACUCUCAUUAUUCAAACUGCUACAUCUGAUGAGGGUCAGUACACAUGUAAAGGACACAUAGAUGGAAGAUCAGUUUCAUCACAUUCAAGUUCUGCUGUUUCUCUCUCUGUGAAGGAUUUACCUACACCUACACUGACUGUGACACCAGAUGGUCCUGUAUUCACUGGAGAGAGAGUCAAUCUGAAGUGUGAGAUAAAAUCUGAUCACAGUGACUGGAGAUAUGAGUGGUAUAAAGGCAGUACAGACAAAAAUGUGAUGUUAAAGAAGCUUGAGCAUCACACUGGAGACACUCUCAUUAUUCAACGAACUUCUACAUCUGAUGAGGGUCAGUACACAUGUAAAGGACACAUAGAUGAAAGAUCAGUUUCAUCACAUUCAAGCUCUGCUGUUUCUCUCUCUGUGAAGGAUUCACCCACAUCUACACUGACUGUGACACCAGACAGAUCUGUAUUCACUGGAGAGAGAGUCAAUCUGAAGUGUGUGAUAGAGACUUACAGUGGCUGGAGACAGAGAAAUUACCAGAUAUAUCAGAGAGACUGGACACAUGAGUGGAGAUAUGAGUGGUAUAAAGGCAGCAGAUCCAGUGUGAAGUUACAGAAGUCUGUGCGUUACACUGUAAAUGGAGACACUCUCAGUAUUGUUGGAGCUGUUGCAUCUGAUCAGGGUCAGUACUGGUGUAGAGGACUGAGAAAUAACAGACCAAACACAUCACAAUCAAGCGCUGCUGUUUCUCUCUCUGUGAAGGAUAAACCAAAACCAAAUCUGACUGUACGUCCCCAGAGUUCAGUGUUCACUGGAGACACAGUUACUCUCAGCUGUGACAUGGGACAGUCAACUGGAUGGACAUUUCUCUGGAGGAAAGACUCAAACCGUGAAUCCACUGAUGAAGAAACUAAAACAAUCAGUUCUGUGAGUGUCUCUGAUGGAGGAACAUACAAGUGCAGAGCAGAGAGAGGAAACUACUACACUCUGUACAGUAAUGUUAAGAUAACAGUGAGAGAGAGACCCAAACCUGUAGUGCGUGUUCAGCCUGAUGGACGUGUGUUUAGAGGAGAGACGGUCACUUUCACAUGUGACAUACAGGAGACAGGAGUCUGGCAGUACAGCUGGUAUAAAAAUCAAGAUUACAGCAGAGGACAAGACCAGAUCUAUUACAGCAGAGGACAAGACCAGAACUAUAAAAUCACAAAUGUGGAUUGGUCUCAUGCUGGUGUGUACAGCUGUAGAGGAACCCAGACUAAAGCCUCACAGUACACAGAGAAGAGUGAUAAAGUUACACUGACAGUAUCAGAUUUACCCACACCUACACUGACUGUGACUCCAGACAGAUCUGUAUUCACUGGAGAGAGAGUCAAUCUGACGUGUGAGAUAAAGUCUGAUCACAGUGACUGGAGAUAUGACUGGAAUAAAGACAGUGCAUUGUUACAGGCAUCUGAGCAUUACACUGUAAACAGAGACACUCUCAGUAUUGUUGAAGCUGUUGAGUCUGAUCAGGGUUGGUACACGUGUAAAGGUCACAUAGAUGGAAGAUCAGUUUCAUCACAGUCAAGCUCUGUUUAUCUCUCUGUGACGGAUUUACCCACACCUACACUGACUGUGACACCAGACAGAUCUGUAUUCACUGGAGAGAGAGUCAAUCUGACGUGUGAGAUAAAGUCUGAUCGCAGUGACUGGAGAUAUGAGUGGAAUAAAGACAGUGCAUUGUUACAGGCAUCUGAGCGUUACACUGUAAACAGAGACACUCUCAGUAUUGUUGAAGCUGUUGAGUCUGAUGAGGGUCAGUACACGUGUAAAGGACACAUAGAUGGAAGAUCAGUUUCAUCACAGUCAAGCUCUGUUUCUCUCUCUAUGAAGGGUCUAAAGCCAAAGCCUGAACUCACAUCAGAUCCUGCAGGAGCUGCACUGACAGGAAACACAGUGAAUUUGACCUGUGGCAUGGAUCCGUCCACUGGAUACUGGGACUUUUACUGGUACAAACACACACUGAACCCUGAGACAGAGAAGACAGAAACAAACUCCUACAGACUGAAGAUUGAUUCAGUGUCUGAUGGAGGCCAUUACUGGUGUAGAGCUGGAAGAGGGAAACCAGUCUAUUACACAAACUACAGUGAUGCACUGUGGGUCAAUGUUACAGAGAGUCCUAAAGCUGUGCUGACGGUACGACCUGAUGAACGAGUGUUCAGAGGAGAAACAGUCACUCUCAGAUGUGAUAUGAAGUGGGGAGGAAACACUGAGUGGACAUACAGAUGGGAAAAGAAACACAGAGAAGCUGUCAGUCUGUGCUCAACACAAGAGUUGAACAUCAGCAGUGUUGAUCACUUUCACAGUGGUAAAUACACCUGUACAGGACUGAUAAACACUCAGAUCUCUCAGCGCAGUGAUGCUGUUACACUGACUGUAUCAGGUGAGUUUGUGCAAGCAGUGCGAGUGUCUCCACAGCCGUGGCUGACUGAAGGAGAAUCAGUGACUCUGAUCUGUGAGGUUUCAGGCUCCUCUACAGGCUGGACGUUCAGCUGGUUCAGAGAUCAUGAUCUUCUGUCAGACAGCAGCAGAGGAGCUGGAGGAUCUUACACUCUCAGUCCUGCUGCUCUACAGCACACAGGAGUUUAUACGUGCAGAGCAGAGAGAGGACGACCAGCCUAUUACACACACAACAGCAGCACACAGCCACUGUGGGUCACUGGUGUUUCUGCUUCAGUGUCUCUGGUCAUCAAUCCCAGCAGAAGUCAACACUUCUCAUCUCGCUCUCUCACUCUGAGCUGUGAGGAUCAGAGUAACUCUGCUGGAUGGACAGUGAGAAGAUACACAGACAAAGACACAAAAACUUGUUCAACACAAACAGGAUCUGCAUGUAAAAUCGAGUCUCUCAGCACAUCUGACACUGGAGUGUACUGGUGUCAGUCUGAAUCUGGAGAGAAACAUCAUCCUCGAAACAUCACUGUACAUGAUGGUGAAGUGAUUCUGGUGAGUUCUGUUGAUCCUGUGAUUGAGGGAGAGACUCUGACUCUACACUGUUUACAUCGAUCUACAAACUCCUCGAUCCUCAGCGCUGAUUUCUAUAAAGACGGAUCACUGGUCCAGAAUCAGACAACAAGAGAGAUGAGCAUCACUACUGUCUCAAAGUCACAUGAGGGUUUCUACUACUGUAAAACAGAGAGAGGACAGUCACUCCACAGCUGGAUCUCAGUCAGAGCUCCUCAAUCAUCAUCUCUUCUGGUCAUUGGUGUUUCUGUAGGAUUGAGUUUUUUCUUGUUGUUCCUCAUUUCACUGGUUCUGCUGUGGAGACACAAAAACAACAAAGAUCAGCACCGUAACACUCAACAGACAUCAGUCCCAACUCGAUCUGGAGAAUCUCAUAUGGAAAACUCACCUCUGCAGCCUGGUUCUGAUCACAUUUAUGAUGAAGUGACUCCAAUGAAUAAGAGAGAUAAAGCAGGUUCUGAUCACAUUUAUAAUGACGCGACUCCACUGAAUAAGAGAGACAAAGAGCCAUUGGAAGAUGUCACAUAUUCAGAAGUCACUGUUAAGAAAAAUAUACCUGUGGAUAAAGAUGAUACCACGGCAGAGUCAAAUAAUGUGAUGUACUCAGAAGUUGGAACAAAAGUAAAGAAGUUCAAAAGCAAAGAUACUGCAGGGCCUAGUGAUUUGACUUAUGCACAGAUCAAUAUACAGGACAAAAAGAAAAGCAAGGGCAAAGGCGCUGGACUUGCUGAUGUUUUGAUUGAAAUGAAAUCUAAGGAGAAAUACAGAGGGAAGAGCAGCGAGUCUGGAGACUCUUUUUACUCUGAAUUGAAGCACAACACAGAUAGAGGUGCUGAUGCUGAAGUUGGUGAUGCAACUUACGCUCAAGUUUUAAAGAAGAAAGGUCACAAAAACAAAUAGAAUGUCCCUGAGAUCAGCGAAGAGAACAAACACCAGCAGAACAAAUUAAUCAGAGUCAAAUGCUUAUGUACAUGCUUGAAUGAAAGAGAAUUGCACUGUAUACUGUAUUAUCUGUUGUUAAAAAAAAAAAAAAAAAAAAAAAGGAAGGAAAAGUUGGCACACCACAGCCCCAACCACAGGUGACGAUUCAGUGGCUCUUCAUCAGACAAUUUAUUAUCUGUACACAUAUUAUGUAAGCAAAUAUAUCCAUGUAUAAUAUAUAGUAAAACAUUUUAUAGUGA